AUGGCAGCCAAGAGGAUACUGGUGUAUCGAAAUGGGGACGCCUUCUUCCCAGGCCACCAGCUGGUGGUGACCCAACGCCGCUACCCCACCAUGGAGGCUUUGCUUUAUGAGGUGACAUCAGCUGUGCAAGCCCCGCUGGCUGUACGUGCCCUCUACACACUUAGUGAUGGCCACCCUGUCACCAACUUGGCUGACCUCCAGAACGGAGGACAGUAUGUGGCUGCUGGCUUUGAACGAUUCCACAAGAUCCAGUCUAUUUGCCUCCUGGAAGGAAACACCCAGGUGGAAAGACUAGGCAACAACAUACUCUGCACCCUCGAGGGGCUUCCACUGUCCACAGGGACUGCUCUGGUGAACGGCCAUUACUACGUGGCUGUUGGAGAAGAAGAAUUCAAGGCCCUCCCCUAUAUGGAGCUGCUGGUGCCCAGCCCCUCUCUGUCCAGGGGCUGCUGGUGUCCUCCAGGCCUGAAGUACAAAGCCCACAGGAAGAGGGUCCAGGGCUACAAGGCCUCAGCAGCCCAGCCUUCUCCAAAGGAGGCAGGGGAAACUGGACCAUCCACUUUCUAUGCCUGGCCCCAGCAGCCCUGGCAGCCCUGGAGCAAGCUCCCUGCUGUCUCAUCUGCAUCAGGAGUUACAGGAGUGUAUGGGGCUCCAUACCCGAGGAAGGAGACAGCUGGGGCUCAGGAAGUGAAUGAGGAUGAGAACACACGCACAGAGGAGCCUGUGGAUCAGAGGGCAGCAGAGACAGUAGAAGAGGCCUUGUCUGCGCAACACCAGCCUGGGCCUGAAGCUGUAGCCCCAACCUCCGCCCAUGCUCCUCCAUCUUAA